AUGGACUCCUCAUCGUUAAUUCUCUCUCAAAAAUCUGCUUUUGAUACUGAUUUUAAAGGACUUAUUAGUUAUGGACCGGAUAACUUAUCUUUUGAUUAAGAUCUGAAAGAAAGAAUAAGAAGAGACUCUAAAAACUCUAUUAAGAGAACAUGCCCAUUGACAGAAAAUAUAAGAAUUGGCGAACUUCUAGGAGAGGGUGCUUACGGGAAAGUAUAUAAAGCCUUCAAUCUUAAAGAUGGAAAGACGAUAGCAGUAAAAGUGAUGAAAAUCUCUCAGUAAGGGUAGUAUGAAUAAAAACUAGAGAAGAUUAAAAUGAAUUUGCAAAAAGAGAUCACAUUACUUAAGAACUUGAAGCAUAAGAAUAUAAUUAACUAUCUCGACUCUUGCAUAAUAAAUGAUACUGAUGUCAAUAUCUACAUGGAGUACAUGCCUGGGGGUUCAAUUUCAUCUCUUAUAAAAGAGUUUGGGUCAAUGGAUGAAAAUGCAAUCAGACAUUUCACCAGACAAUUAUUAAGUGGGUUGGAUUACUUACAUCAGAAUCACAUUAUUCAUGCAGAUCUUAAAGGUGCAAACAUUUUAUUUGACGGCCUGGACAAUAUUAAGUUGUCAGACUUUGGUGCAGCCAAAUUUAUUGAAAAUUUAUCUCUACUUAGUGUUUCCUAAUCUGAAGUAUGUUCCUCAAUCUAAGGGAGCUUAUAUUGGAUGGCCCCUGAAAUGAUAUAGUAAAAAGGAUAUGGAAGGAAGAUAGAUAUUUGGUCUUUGGGAUGUACAAUAAUCGAAAUGGCAACAGGGAAUCACCCUUGGCCUGAGGUUAAAAAUUAUCCUCAACUUGUUAUGGAAAUCAUAAGCAAGAGAACACCGCCAAUACCAGCAUUUCUAUCAAUUGAAGCAUAAGAUUUCAUUAGGUAGUGUCUUUAAUAUGACAAAAAGUUAAGACCAAGACCAGGAGAUUUGCUGAAUCACCCAUUCAUUAUAAAUGAUCCUCAAUAAUGA